GCCAGGUGUCGGUGCGGCGCCUCGCUCGCGAGAUAAAUCCGUCGGUGCUCGCCAUUCUCUUUCUGCCCUCCCUUUCGAAUCUCGCUGUUCAACUUCGAGCGAAGCCUUCACUGUCCCCGAUUUCCCUCGGUUAUCAACAGAACAUCUCUCCAAAAUGGGUCGCAUGCACGCUCCUGGCAAGGGUAUCUCCUCCUCUGCCCUCCCCUACCGCCGCACUCCCGCCUCCUGGGUCAAGACCACCCCCGAUGAGGUCAUUGAGCAGAUCCUGAAGCUCUCCAAGAAGGGUCUCACUCCCUCCCAGAUCGGUGUCAUUCUCCGUGACUCCCACGGCAUUGCCCAGGUCAAGUCCGUCACCGGUAACAAGAUCCUCCGUAUCCUCAAGUCCAACGGUGUCGCCCCCUCCAUCCCCGAGGAUCUUUACCACCUGAUCAAGAAGGCCAUCCAGGUCCGCAAGCACCUCGAGAAGUUCCGCAAGGACAUGGACUCCAAGUUCCGUCUCAUUCUGAUCGAGUCCCGUAUCCACCGUCUUGCCCGCUACUACAAGACCGCCGGCCAGCUCCCUCCCAACUGGAAAUACGAGGCCGCCACUGCCUCCACCCUCAUUGCCUAAGCGGCGACGAGUGCGCCGGCUCGGGAAUCGCCCGCUGCUUCCUGUAGCCCGAAGGAGAACGCCAUGGCUUCCGAGCGAUAUUGUAUUCAAUAAAGCAAAGGAGCGUACAUUCGCAAC